UUCCAAGACCUAAAGACUGUAAAAAAUCUUAGAGAGAGAAAUGGUGAAGAGGUAGAAACGUCGUCGAUUAUGGAAGAGUCAAUUAGGGUUCAACCAAUCGAUAACGAAGAUCUGGAAGAUGGAGAGAUCGUUGAGCAUGACGAUUCGUCUUCCUCCAAGCCGAGAUUACCCGCGAGGUCCACCGCUCGAGCGCUCAUGGACAUUCUGGUUCGAUAUUCCCUCUUCCAAGUCCAAACAUUCAGACUGGGGAAGCAACUUGCGUCCCAUCCACACUUUCUCCACUGCUGAAGAAUUCUGGGGACUAUACAAUAACAUACAUCAUCCUAGCAAAUUGUGUGCUGGAGCAGAUUUGUAUUGCUUUAUUCAGGAAGCUCAGCCUAAGUGGGAGGAUAAAGUAUGUGCUGAUGGAGGUAAAUGGACUGUGAACUGUAAUAGGGGAAAAGCUGAUAUCCUUUGGCUCUACACGUUGCUUGCGAUUAUUGGAGAACAAUUUGAUCAUGGAGAUAAAAUCUGUGGAGCAGUCGUAAAUAUUAGAGCUAAGCAAGAAAUAUCUUUGUGGACUAAGAAUGCUAUUAAUGAAACUGCUCAGAUAAGCAUCGGGAAACAAUGGAAAGAAUUGCGCGACUGCAAUGACACUAUAGGUUUCAUAGUUCACGAAGAUGCGAUGAACAAAAUUACCAAGAACCGCUACUCAGUCUGACAAAACGAAAAAUGAUGCAAUAUUGUUUGAGCCAGACAGACAGACAAUCUUAUUCUUGUUGCUUUAAUUACUAAAACAUUCUAUUAAAUCUUGUUUGAACAUCUUUUCUUAAGACAAUCAGCCUUUACUUG